GGCGAUUCUCCCAUUACGCCGAGCGCGAGAUUUGCACACGCCUUUUUCCGUCUCUAUGAAAAGGUUUGCCCUUCCUCCCCCACAUCUCUAGGGUUUCUUUUACCAGUUCUCAGACCUUCGUCGAAUUUUAGGGUUUCCAUUCUAUCUCCGCUCUCGCUAUGGUAUCUCUUUUCAUCACCGAUUUCGGAAUCGAUACGAAAUCCGCCGUCAAUCGAUCUCUCUUCCGGACUCGCGGAAUAGCCAGGGUUUCGGAAGGUUCCGAUGUUGGGAAAGGCGAUUCCGAUGCUAGAAGAACUGAAAGGGAGCGUCCGAUGAUGGGGGAUUCUGAUGAUAUUAGGGUUUCUUCGGAGAUCGAUGUAGAAACUAGGAUUUCUGAGAGCAAGAGCCGGGACUUGAUUUUGAAUGGUGGUAGGAGCGAAUAUGCGGUCGCGAAAUCUGUGAAAGAGCGUGAGGUGGAGGAUUCUGGAGAAAUUGAAGUUAGGAUUUCUGAAUUGGGGUUCGGUGGCGGUGAUGGUAAAUCUGAUGGUGGGCAUGACGAGGGUGAGUGUUUGAUGUCGAUGUCUGAAGAAAUUAGGGUUUCUUCGGACAUCUCCGGUGGAGAAGUCAAGGGAAACAUGGAAUUUAGGGAACCUGAAAUUGAGGUUCAUAACCUGCGUUUCAAUAGCAUUAAUGAUGGAAAGAAUGAAGAAAUUAGGGACUCUUCAAAGGUUGGUUCUGGAGGCACUGGGAGAAAAUUUGAAGGUAGGAUCUCUCAACUUAAGGAUUGCGGCCCAUAUAUUAAUAGCAUAAGCAGUAAAGCUGAUGGAAGGAAAAUGAAGGGUACUAUGGAAGCGGCAGAGGAACAGAUAUUUGGUGGGUUGAGUUCUUUGAUUCCAUAUACAGUGGUAUUGGGUGCAGCAGAAGGCUUAACCUACGGAUUUGAGCCUGGCGACAUGGUAUGGGGAAAGGUCGCUUCCCACCCUUGGUGGCCAGGUCACAUCUUUGAUGAAGCCUUUGCUUCAUCUUCUGUACGACAGACACGUCAAGAUGGUUAUGUUUUAGUUGCCUUCUUUGGUGAUAGCAGCUAUGGAUGGUUUGAGCCUGCUGAGCUUAUACCAUUUGAACUUCACUAUGCGGAGAAGUCAAGGCAGACAAACUCCCGGAAUUUCGUGAAGGCCAUCGAAGAGGCUGUUGAUGAGGUGAGGAGGAGAAGCACUCUUGGGUUGGCCUGUCGGUGUCGGAAUCCGUUCAAUUUCAGUCCCGCCGGCGUUGAGGGGUACUGCACAGUUGAUGUGGACAAUUAUGAACCUGGAGGGGUUUACUCAAAGAAGCAGAUUGAGAAGGCGAGAAAUGGUUUUCAGCCCAUUGAGGCGCUUUCUUUUGUACAGCAGCUAGCAUUGAUGCCAAGAAGUAAUGAGCCAAGGAGUUUUGAUUGGAUUAAGAAUUUGGCUUCAGUUAUUGCUUAUCGGAAGGCAGUGUUCGAGGAGUUUGAUGAGACUUAUGCCCAGGCGUUUGGGGUGGAACCAAUACGCCCGUCGCGUAAUGCCAUGUGGGUGUUGGAACAGCCUGACAGAGUGCCACCUCGAGCUCCAUUGAGUGGCCCACUUGUGAUCGCGGAAUCUACGGGUGGUGGGAAGAGCUCCAGCAAGUCUGUAAGAGCAAAGGAUCUGUCGAAGAAAGAUAAACAUCUGUUCAAACGGAGAGAUGAGUCGAAUGAACAGAGACGCGCUGCUGUGAAGCUGGCUGAUGGUUAUGUGUUACAGAAGAGGGCUGUGGUGCGGGAAGUAAUCAGAAGAGAAGCUGACUCAGCUGCUGCGAAAACAGUGGUUACUGAUGUUGGUUCGAUUGGCGGGAAGGAGAGUUUACCAACUGCAGCUGCUGUUGGUUCUCUGGUUCAUGGCACUGUUCUUGCUGUGGAAGAAAUGGAUGCUCGGCCGGAAAUGAGUGGAAGAAGGAUGUUGGAUGGAACUGCCAGGCCUACGAAAAUGUGUGCUGGAUUCUCAGCUAUGCUGGAGAAUUCAGAAUCAUCUGGAAUUAUAAGUGGGGUUGGAGAUCAUCAUCAACAAGAUCGGAUGAUGGAAGAUAUGCAGUUACCUGGUGGUGGAGUUGGAGAUCAUCAACAGGAUCGGACAAUGGAAGAUGUACAGUUACCUAGUGUAUCAUCAAGGUUGGACGGGCCCAUUAGCCAGAAGCGGCCCAGGGAGGAUGACGCUGGGGAGAAGAAGAAGAAAAAGAAGAAAGAUUCAAACCUGGAAAUACAUGUGGAUGAUCGGAAGAGGAAUCCCAAAAUUGUGAAAGAUGGAGAGGCAUUGAGAAAAGCUGCAGGAAAAUCCAUUGGGCUCGUUACAGAGCAUCGACAAAUGAAGUUGCAGAAGAGAGACCAUGUGGACAGUGGUGUUUUGAGCUUGAGUCCUGCAGUCUCGACCCCAGAGCUGGGGAUCAGAAGCAUGAAGCUUGAAUUCCCACAGCUGGUGGAUGAUCUCUUUGCCCUUGCUGUUGACCCCUCUCAUGGGAUUGAACGUAACACCCUGGCAAUCACAACCCACUUUUUCCUUAAUUUCCGGUCGCUUGUUUAUGAGAAAAGCUUGAUUCUACAACCAGAAACUGAACCUGGAACGUCCCAACUCUCUGGUGAAUCCAGCGUGCUGGAAUCUGAUUCUGGAAUUGGUAAGAUUAAGCCAUUGAAACAUACAUCAAGACAGGAUGAUCCUACUAAAGUGGGCCGCAAGCGAAGCCCUUCUGAUCGACAGGAAGAAAUGUCUGCCAAGAGGAGGAAGAAAUUGAAUGAAAUUAAGUCCCUGGCAGUCGAAAAGAAAGUUCAAACUGCAGCACCAGAUGAGCAGAAAGUAGAACAAAAGGAGACGACUGUGGUGGCACCAGCGAAGGUGAUCAAGCCAAAACCUCCGGUGAGGGCUGCGACACCCACAUCAUUGGUGAUGAAAUUCACGCCUCAAUCAUCACUGCCAUCGAUUCCACAGCUGAAGGCGAGGUUUGCGAGAUUCGGCCCACUUGAGCAUGACGCUACCCGUGUGUAUUGGAAAUCAUGGACCUGCAAGGUUGUGUUCAAGUACAAUUCAGAUGCCCAAGCUGCUUACAACCAUGCAAUUCAAAACAAAGCACUGUUUGGGCAAAUGAAGGUGAACUACCGUCUACGGGAGCUUGACUUGCCGGCACUGGAAGUGCCUGAAACCAUCAAGCGGCAGGUUGAAGGCAGUUCUGACAACCCCAAACAGUUUAGAAUGGGCAGAAAUGGUUUUGUGGGAGAGCCAAUAUCAAGAAUGCAUCAGCAAUGGCAGCCAACUGUGCAGCUGAAGUCAUGCUUGAAGAAGGCAUCAGGUGAUGAGGUCAUGAUUGGUGGGCCCUCGAAAGAGACCCAGCGUGUAAAAUUCUUAUUGGGCGAUGAGGAAAACAAUAGUAGAAGUGAACCGUUGAUGAUUGUUACUGAGAACAAUGGCAGUAAUGCUGAUAGACUAUCUUCUUCUUCCCUGGCACUGGAUUUUAACAAUUCAAAAAUGCAUAAGACCGUUGAGCUUCCACCCCCACCGCCUCUACCGACCAAUCUUCCUCUUCCUGAUCAUAAAGUGGGCCAUUUUAACAAACCUCUCCAAUCCCAUCAUCACCACAAGUUGCAUUUUAACGAGGCAGAGAGAAGAAACGAGGGUGUAAACAUCUCCCAUCAGAUGCUGAGCCUAUUGAUGAGGUGCAACGAUUCAGUUAAUGAUGUGAAGCGCUUGUUAGGUUAUAUACCUUACCAUCCUCUCUAAGGAUGAUCUGUUCCGAUGGGACCGAAACAAUGUGAGCAGUGAGGAUGAGGGACCUUCUGUUUGGAUUGCUGAUAAUACUGGAGAUUCCAUCUCAGCCGUUGAAGGGAAAUGAACACGUACGGAGUGGAGUGCACGUAAAUACUGAUUUAUCUUUCCUUUUCUCAUGCACCAUUCAAUGGCCACACUGUAUUGAAUCUUCGGAAUGAUAUGUGGACCCAUCUGUUAUCACCGCUGAUGCAAGUGGGCCACAAUCCUAGCCAUUUAGUUGGUCACACUGGCUCUAGUUUUGUAACGUUUUAGGUCUGUGGAUAGAUGUGAAUGGCGCACACCCAAGUUGGGUCUUUUUUUUCUUUUUUCUUUUUGUAAACAAUCAAAACCGUAGGAUCUGUCAGUGGAGGCCCACCAGGUCUGUAAAUAUGGCUAUGCAUAUGCCAGUGCCUUUGUAUCAUCCAUUCCCUAAUAUCACUGAAUUUUUUUUUUUU